AUGAGCUGGCACUCCCCGGGUGCUCGGCCAAAGGAAGGGGAACCGCUUUACUGGGCAGAUUCGAAAAAUAAUGCUGGAUGUCAAAAACCUGGACCCUGCAAGAAAGUUAUCAAAGGAACAGAUGUAAAUUGCGAUACAACCUACGGACUUUGUGAUCAGGAUCCCGCUACUACCACUACCACUACUCCACAAGUAGCAAAUACAAUAGUCUCGACAGACGAAGAUGACGGAAUGUCUGUAAUCGUAGAGGCACGUUGAAGGCUUGUAAAACGAGUAUGAGAAAGCAAUAAAAAUCUUUCUACGUAA